AUGGGGUUCUUCUUCUUUUUUUGUGUCCUGGCGUUUAUAUUGUUAGGAGUUUGGAUAGGGACUGCUUAUUUGGCUUAUUUGGUUCGACAUUCUAAGCAUGGCAAAUACUCGUUGAAAAAACGAUCCAACGUGGCAUUAUUAACUGUUCUCGGUUCAGGAGGUCAUACAACUGAAAUGUUGGAGCUUCUAAAGCAUUUUGAUGAAAAAUAUAGUCCACGUGUCUAUGUUAUUGCUGAAACUGAUAAAAUGAGUGAAACCAAGAUGUCACAGUAUGCUCGUUGUGAAGGUGUCUCUUCUUCGAUUCGUUACCUUCCUCGAAGUCGUGAAGUUGGACAAAAUUAUUUUUCUUCUGUUUUUACUACUCUUCAUUCGAUCGCCUGUUCAUUCAGACUAGUUUGGGAUGCGAAUCCUGAUCUUGUUCUUGUAAAUGGUCCUGGAACUUGUAUACCUAUAGUAGUAGCAGCAGCGUUGUUCGACAUGCUUCGGCUGAGAGAUACUGUUAUUAUUUACGAGGAAUCUCUUUGUAGAGUAGAAAGUCUUUCGUUGUCAGGUGCUCUUCUCUAUUAUUCUGGUUUGGCGGACGAUGUUAUUGUACAAUGGGAACAACUAAAAGAGAAAUAUCCUCAUGCGGUACUUGCCUCGGAACUAUGA